GUACAAGGGAGAGAGAGCGGGUGUGUGUGUGUAUAAGGGAGAGAUUUUGCCAGUGUGUGUGUGUAUAAGGGAGAGAUUUUGCCAGUGUGUGUGUGUGAGAGGCGGGCAGGCUGAGUGAGCCUCCGCCUUUUUGUUUGUGUUGCUGCCGCGUCCUCUCGUCCUUCCUCCACCUCCAAUAUAUAUAAACAUAUAAAAAUAUAUUCAUCGUGAGCUUGGCCUCCCCCGGGCCAUGGUGAGGAGAGAAGGCAGGCGGACGGAGUGAAGAACCACCACCACCAACACCGUGAGCAGAGGGACGGGCGGAGAUGUCGUUGUCCUGCUGUGUCUCGCAGCUGGCCUGCUGUUGCGGCUCCAGCGAAUGCGCCCUCUGCUGCAGCGGAUGCCCGAAGAUCAAAACCUCCACUGGCACACGGGUCAUGUACACUCUCUACCACAUUCUUGGGACCAUCGUCUGCUUCCUCAUGUUGUCCCCAACCGUGGGAGAUGCAUUGAAGGAGCAUGUCCCCUUCUACAAUGAUUUUUGUCGGACCAUUCAGGCAGGCACCAGCUGUGAAAAACUUGUUGGCUACUCUGCUGUUUACAAGGUCUGCUUCGGAAUGGCUGUAUUCUUCUUCAUUUUCUUCCUCCUGAUGAUCAACGUAAACACCAGUAAAGAUUGUCGAGCAAAGCUCCACAACGGGUUUUGGUUUGUGAAGCUGGUGGUUUUGAUGGGAAUGUGUGCAGGAGCUUUCUUUAUCCCAGACGAAGACACCUUUCACAAAGCUUGGUUGUACAUUGGUGCUGCAGGAGCUUUCCUUUUCAUCUUGAUUCAGCUCAUCCUGUUGGUGGAGUUCGCACAUAAGUGGAACAAGACGUGGUGGGCUGGAACUGCCCAUAAUAAAUGCUGGUACGUCGCCUUGACUUUGGUCACACUCAUUCUGUACCUGGUCGCCAUCUGUGCUGUCGUCCUCAUGGUCAUCUUCUACACCGACCUCGCCGGAUGCAAGCUCAACAAGAUAUUACUGGGGGUCAACACUGGCCUCUGCUUCAUUGUCUCCAUGGUGGCCAUCAGUCCCUGUGUUCAGAAAUAUCAGCCAAACUCUGGCCUCCUUCAGUCUGGGGUAAUCAGCUGCUACGUGGUGUAUCUCACCUUCUCUUCACUGGCCAACACACCCCCGGAAUAUGUGAUGAAGGAUGGAGUCAACACCACAAUCUGCACCCCUCAGCUGUUGGGCAACGGUCUUCAAACAGACGACAAGCUGGUGUCGGUGCUGGGAGCCAUCAUCAUGUACGGCUGCGUCCUCUACGCCUGUCUAACUUCGACCAUGCGUUCUAGCUCGAUAACACUGGGGGUGAGCAGCGUCUCAACUCCUGACCUAUUGAAGCUCGAUGCUGCUUCUGUUUUGCCCCAGAUGAAGAAGGUAACUAUGAGGUGGAUGGCAGUGAAAGAGGAGUUCAGAAGGUCAUCCACAAUGAGAAGCCCAGCGUGGUGUACAGCUACUCCUUCUUCCACUUUGUCUUCUUCCUUGGCUCCCUGUAUGUCAUGAUGACUCUGACAAACUGGUUCGAGUAUGAAGAUGUUAAACUGGAAAAUUUAUUUGUUCCGGGAAACCCUUCCACCUUCUGGAUUAAAAUGGCUUCCUGUUGGAUUUGUAUCCUGUUGUUUUUAUGGACUCUGAUUGCUCCCAUGUGCUGUCCCAAACGUGAAUUUUUGGUGUAAUGCUUUGUAUCCUGGAACUGCUGCAUCCCACAGUCCAGUUCCACUUUGUCAUGUUACAUAACCUGUCCUCAUUUUAUUUUUUGACAGCGGAUUGACCGACCCGUGUAUUAUUCUCCAGUGUGGUCUCCUUUUGCACUGUCACCGCCUCUGUCAGUAACAGUUUUCACCUGAGGGAGAAAACAAAAUGGAGUCCGUGAUGGUGGGCCCACCACUGAUUUUCUGGCACCCUUGGUUCCGGAGUGCCGGACUAGUAAUGAUACAACAAUACACCUCUGACCCACUAAUUACACCCCCUCUCGUGGCUCAGGAGCAGCACGGAUUGCUGGUAACUUAACGAGUUUAAACUUAACGUACCGCCCGCCUAGGCCGCCGAGACACCAGCCCGUAAACUCGGCCUCGGAAGUCGGCUAAGGGAAUGGGUAUGGCAGGGCCGGAGUUCCGGAGCCCUGGCCGCAGAGGGCAAAGUUGACCCGUCGAUCGCAAGUCCUGCCACGGCAGUCCUGAUGAGGUCGAUAUCGGCCACCUCACCCGGCCUAGGCGCCAAAAUUUCAGGGGGACUUUCCCGAAGUCAGUGGUCAAGGGGAUUCCAAGUGCGCUCUCAUAGUUAUGUCCGGAUUAAAGGAGGUGUCAGAACACCAGUUGCCAGAAAAUCGGUGGUGGACUUGUGAUGGGUUUGCCUGGAGAUAACUGGGCCCGCAAUUUGGAUGAAGGAAGGGGAAGUUGGGUGAUGAAUGAAGGUGUUUGCUUAGGUGACCACGUGUGUAGUGUUGGUUUGUUGUCUUAUACUGAGGUGAACAAAUCAGUGUUGCAUAAUUAACCAAGAACCUGGAUGUACAGGCAGCACAACACCAGAGGCACAGGUAUAACAAUCAUCCUGCCUUAAGCAACCUAAAGAUGGGCGAGAAAAUAAUGUAGAAGCAAGCAACUGCAGAUGCUGGUUUACACAAUAGGACAUAAAGUGUUGGAGUAACUCAGUGGGUUGGGCAGCAUCUCAGGAGAACAUGAAUAGGUGACGUUUUGGUCAAGACCCUUCCAACUGGUCUCCAGUCUGAAGAAGUGUCCCGAUCCAAAACAUCACCCAUCCACAUGCUCCUGGGAUGCUACCAUGACACGCUGAGUUGCUCCAUCACUUUGUGGCCCUUUUAAAAAAAAAAAAAAAAGGAUGAGUAUUCGCUGAGCUUUUAAAAAAAAAUUAAAAUAGAUCUGAGCAAUUCUCAUCUGAUGACUAUUGGAUCCCAGUCGUGAGUUGGACCCAAUCUAAGCUGGUAAUAUUUUUUGUACAUAAACCAUAAUAAGUAUCUUUUUGUCUGGAGAAGCUGGGAUGAGUCACUUCUGACAUCAAUUGAGAUGGAAAAGGAUGACUGGAAGUUUUAAAGCUGAGUAGAAAAAUA